GUGGAGUUCUUCCCGGCGGCUGUAACUCUAAACCAGCCUGAGUGCGGCCUAUUUUUAUUCGGAAACCAGCCACCAGACUGUCUGUGGAGGACGCGCAGAUUGAGGGCCAGACUGCCACUGAAGCUUUCUCAGGCAUAGGCUGGGAGGUAGCCUGUCUUUGAGAUUGCAAAGCCCUGUCGCCAGUGUCCAGGCAGGGCCGGACUGGUUGCUGGGAGCCCUUUUGAUGAGGGUAUUGCUGGAGCCCAGGGGUGCUGUCCCUGCACCCCAUCUCUCAGGCUCUAAGCGGGGAUCCAGAGGCCACCAGGCUUGAGCCCAGCCCAAGCUGUGGUCUGGCUACCCUCCUCCAUCAGUCCCUGCAAGAGCUCCUAGGGACAGGCUCCCAGUGGGAGGAACAAGGAGAUGAAUGUAGCAGCCAAGUACCGCCAGGCCUCCCUGUAUGUGGGCGACCUCCAUGCUGAUGUCACCGAGGACCUGCUGUUCAAGAAGUUCAGCGCUGUGGGACCAGUGCUGUCCAUCCGCAUCUGCAGGGACCUGGUCACCCGUCGCUCUCUGGGCUACGCCUACGUGAACUUCCUGCACCUGGCCGAUGCCCAGAAGGCCCUGGACACAAUGAACUUUGACAUGAUAAAAGACAAAUCUAUCCGGCUCAUGUGGUCUCAACGCGACGCCUACUUAAGGAAAUCUGGAAUUGGGAACGUGUUCAUCAAGAAUCUGGACAAAUCCAUUGAUAACAAAACGCUUUACGAACAUUUUUCUGCUUUUGGAAAGAUCCUGUCCUCCAAGGUGAUGAGUGACGAUCAAGGAUCGAGAGGCUACGCGUUUGUGCACUUUCAGAACCAGACUGCUGCAGACAGGGCCAUUGAGGAGAUGAAUGGGGCCCUGCUGAAGGACUGCAGGUUGUUUGUUGGCAGAUUCAAAAACCGCAAAGAUCGGGAGGCCGAGCUCCAAAAUAAAGCCCAUGAAUUUACCAAUGUUUACAUCAAAAACUUUGGAGAUGACAUGGAUGACGAGAGACUGAAGGAAGUUUUCAGCCAAUAUGGCAAAAUCCUGAGCGUUAAGGUGAUGACAGAUUCCAAUGGAAAAUCCAAAGGCUUUGGCUUUGUGAGUUUUGAUAGCCACGAGGCUGCCCAAAAGGCUGUUGAAGAAAUGAAUGGGAAGGACAUAAGUGGACAGCUGCUUUUUGUAGGCCGUGCGCAAAAGAAAGCAGAACGACAGGCUGAGUUAAAGCAAAUGUUUGAACAGAUGAAACAGGAGAGAUACAGGCGGUCCCGGGGAGUGAAGCUCUAUAUUAAGAACCUGGAUGAAACCAUUGAUGAUGAACAACUAAGGAGGGAAUUUUCUUCAUUUGGAUCAAUUAACAGAAUUAAGGUAAUGCAAGAAGAAGGACGAAGCAAAGGGUUUGGCUUGAUCUGCUUCUCCUCUCCAGAGGAGGCCGCUAAAGCAAUGGCUGAGAUGAAUGGCCGCAUCUUGGGCUCCAAGCCACUCAACAUCGCCCUGGCCCAGAGGCCCUAGGAGACAAAGACUGACUGCAGCAGUCUGAGUGUUCAGCAGGUGGGGGAGUGAUAGUGAUUUCUGCCUCAGUUUUCCUACGUCAAGUUCAAAUCCCACCAGAUGGCUGCUUAGAUUAGUACAUGUUGUGAUAAAAGUUUUUGUCUCCAAAGCUAUUUGUUUUUAUUUUGCGGAAAAAUAAAUGCAUCUUAGAAGGUUGCUUCAUUUUACAGAGGCACAACUUGAAUUACAAUAUUGUAUUUUUUUAGUGGUUUUGAUGUAUUAUUCAUGGUGACAAGUAUAAUUAUAUAUUUUUUUUACACAUUUUGAAUCAACUGAAGUGAGGUAAUUGAGUUUAUUGCAUAUUUUCUUAUUUUAAAAA